UCCGCGCGGUCAGGCGAGGAACACAUCCCGGCCAGAGCAACUUGACAACGAACAACGGCUGCGCACCUGUGCUGCCUAAACUCGCGAGCUGAGAUUAAUUUGCAGAAGCCGUUCGCUGUCACUCGCUCCCAACACUUUCGUGCUCGCUCGCCUCUUUGAAACGGCGGCAAGCGCUGCCUUUAAGUUUGGCCGAAUCUUGGGUACCCUGCACCGAAAUGACCGCCGUGAAGGCGCUAACAUCACUAUCGCUCCUUUGGUUUCUACUAGUGUGCGUACCAGUGGUUUGGUGCUUCGAUGAAGGCAACACCACCACGACUACGACACCGAAACCAGAUGAAGGCGUCGUGGGAAAGUUGCAGGCGCUCAUUGCCAGCAUGAUGGACAAGAUAUCUCCCGACUUGACGCGAAAGUUGCUAACGGCGGAAGUGUCAUCUACGUGCAGCAUCGGACUCCUCAAACUCGUUGGUGCCAUUCGAAGGACCGAACCAUGGGCUCUUAGACUCAUCGAUGCGAUGGGUAAAUACCCCACCGGACUAUUGCAAGCUACAAAAACUGACCUUGGAGCAUUCGACGAGUGCCUGGAAACUGUCGUACAUGACAGUUUUGGCCAUGAAGUUACGCGAGCGCAGUAUUGCAAUCUUGAUAUGCGCAUAAGCAAAGGUAGCAGCUUUGUUGAAACGACUUUUGCUGCAAUGAAAAUGGUCUACCCAAACCUAUACAGAUUCAAGGAGCAUAUAACCGACUUGCGUCUGCCACCAGUUCGCCUUGGAAUAUGCGUCACGAACGACUGCAAUGAGCAGGAAUUACAAGAACUCAUCAACAAAAUGGUACCACCUGCGUUAAAUCUGAAAGUAAGCAACUGCGUGACGAAUGUUCCAGCGCCGUUAACCAAUGGACAGAUGGCGAUAAUAAUAACCCUCGCGGUCCUUGCCGCAUUCCUUGUGAUUGGAACUGCCACUGAUGUCUACAUACGUUCAAAACCGGAGUACAAAGCAACAUGCGGUAUUCUGGUGCGGUGUCUCACAGCAUUUUCCCUCAUCUCGAAUACGAAAGUACUGUUGCAAGUGGUCAAAGACAAAAGCUCCGACGCCUACACUCUCCGUUUCUUCCACGGACUGCGCUUCUUCAGUUUGACGUGGAUUGUGCUAGGCCACUGCUAUGGAGCCGUAUCGCCAACUUGGUCCCGAAUGCUGAACAACUUACUCAUGGCUGAACGUAGAUCAAGCCUAGUGGUUCCGGCGGCCUAUAUAGCUGUGGACACAUUCUUCUUCCUCAGUGCGUUCCUAAUGUGCUACACAGUAUCAAGACAGAAGAAACCUGCCAUCGUCGUGUUCAUAUUUGCGGUGAUCCGACGGUUUAUAAGGACUAUGGUGCCGGUGUUCUUCGUUCUCAUGUGCAUGUACUUGCUCCCGGUGCUUACGUCUGGACCCGACGCAAAGGCCUAUUUUGAAAAGUUCUACGACGAAAUGAACCGUCUUUGGUUAGACAUACUACUUCAGGUUCAAAACUACAGGACAAAAGCGUUCUCCAUAUUGGUGCACCUCUGGUACCUCGCAGUCGACUUCCAGUACUUCCUUGUAAGCCUACCGAUUGCCAUCAUCUUGAAAAACCAUCGACGCUGGGCCAUUGGUGUGUUCGUCUUGCUUUCUAUAGUCAGUUGCUCACUGUCAGCAUGGCAGAUCAGUGGCACCCACAAUACACCUUUCGUGAUUGUUAUCACGGAAUCUAUGUCAAUAUUGGAGGACACACUGAACGACUACUACUUCCUACCUUUCUACCACGGCGUAUGCUAUUUUUCGGGCUGCAUUGCGUUCUAUCUGCUGCAAAGCUUCAGGGAUGUCAAACUGUCGAAGAUCGUAGAGUCACUAAUCUGGAUCGUCGCCCUAGUAGCUGGCGCGGGUUGCGUCUUUAAUAAGGAACCCUGGUACAGACACCGACAGCCGACCACCGAGGUCGGGGAGGUGUGUAUGGCGUUCUUCGAUCGAGUACUGUGGUCGGUGUUCCUCACCUGGACUACGCUGGCAUGCGCUACGGGACGAGGAGGAUACAUUAACAAGUUCCUCUCCUGGAAUGCUUUCGUACCGCUGAGCAGGCUCACCUUCGGAGUGUACUUGAUUCAUGCUCCCUUCAUUAUCUUGUACCUGCACAUCUCCAGAGAACGCAUUUUGUUCUCACACUUCUCUUUAGUUUCGCUGUCCUUUGCGAUCUUGCUUUGGAGCUACUGCCUCACGUACCUAAUGUUUGUGCUGUGCGAGGCUCCAACAGCGCAGCUGGACAAGCUCAUUUUCAUGGGCGCCGGAAGAAACGAGCGGCGGCCAAAACUGCCUCUCCAAAACGGCUCUCAACACGACAAAACGUGCGUUGUCCCGAAAGAAAGCGCACAGAAAGACCAAGCGUCCAUCGACCUGGAGAGCGGCAACAAAAAUAACAACAACUGCAACGGACGCAGCAUCGUUGGCCAGAGUGUUACAUACCAUCUUUAAGAAUAUUGCGUGAAGUUGCUUUAAUUUGCUUGCUAAGUCUGCGGUUUCACUCAAAGAACAUGUGCGCCCCAUGAUGCGUGGGCGAAUGCUGCCAGUAACAAGCCCGAAAGCAGGCCUUGUGGUAGGCAAAUUUUGCUGUAAAUAUUUCAUCGCGGAAGUUCCUUUCCUGUCUGGCUGUCUCAGGUCUAACCACAUUUUGAAGGUGGCCAUAACAAAAAGACCAGCAGUUUGAACUUUAUGUGAACUCUAUGUGUUAGUGUGUUCCAACCUAUAUUGUACUGUUUGUCUGGGAGUUUGUUAAUGCCGGCGAAUAUAGACGGUGUAUUCUUUCUGUCUUGUUUCAUCGUUUGUUUGUAUUAACACGGACUACCAUUGCUUUGCAAUGUCUUGGCUAAAAGAGGAGCAUAAUAC